CUUGCUUGCUAUAGAUCUUCAUUUGGAAUAGUUUAAGCAUGGCUCCUAAGGCUCUCUUAGUGCUUGCUGUUCUCUUGGCCGCGGCCGCUCUCCUCACCUCGUCGGAGGUCGCCGCUCGCGAGCUCACUGAGGAAACCCAUGAGAAGCAAGCGAGUGAGGCUGCUGCGCACGUGCAAGACCGCGACCGCGACCUCGACCGCAACUACGACCACGACGAUGGAGGCUACAACCGAGGCGGUGGCGGCGGCGGCGGCUACCCGGGGGGCGGAUACGGCGGCUAUCCCGGUCGCGGGAACGGCGGAUAUCCGGGCCGUGGAUACGGGGGAUAUCCGGGCCGCGGCGGGUACUGCCGCUUCGGGUGCUGCCGCCGUGGGUACUACGGCGGGUGCCAGUGCUGCGCGCACCCGGCGGAUGUCCGCGACCCGGAAUACAUUCCGGAGGUGCGAAACUAGAAAAGCAUUUGGAGUUGUGCGCAAAUUUCACCAUGCAUUUCACUGGUCUUGUACUCUAAAAUAUGUUGUGCUCUAGUGUGAAGUAAAAAAUUAAUAAAAGGGGUGAUGGUUAUGUGUGAGAGGAGAUGUACAUGUUCCUCCUCAUCAUCAUCUUGGUAGUAGUAGUAGUAGCAGCAGCAGUAGUAGUAGUAAUAAUGUAAUGCAAGUGAAAAAUGCAUGGUGUUGUAACAUGUUUAUGUGGUUGAAGUAUAAUUGAAUUUCACAUCUUACCUUUCUCCUAAAA